UCAGCUGAAUUCCUGAUCCUUCUCCCUUCCCUCUUUCUAAACUCAGGGACAGAGUAGAAACUUAGCAAAAAUUGCCCAGCAGGAACAAGUUGUCUUUCUCUGAUUCUAGCCUCCCCCCCACUCUUCCCCCCCCCCCACACAUUUGACUUCAAGUCUCAGUAAAUGGUAACUACACUCCUUGCAAGAUGAGGUUAGCCUACAUUUUCCUCCCUGUCUUGCUUCAGGGCUGUUUUCUGUUGAGAAGGGUGCUCGGCCAAGGGACAGAACUAUCGAGCAGCUUGGUAACCUUUCAAGAUUGCCCUGUGGAUUUGUUUUUUGUCCUGGAUACCUCUGAGAGUGUUGCCUUAAGGAUAAAGCCUUUUGGGGCCUUGGUUGACCAGAUCAAGACAUUCACCGAACUAUUCAUUGAUAAGUUAACUGACAGAUAUUAUCGGUGUGACCGGAAUUUAGUGUGGAAUGCUGGAGCCUUACAUUACAGUGAUGAGGUGGAGCUCAUCAAGGAACUUACCCGUAUGCCCAAUGGGCGAGAUGAUUUAAAAAAAAAGGUGUCUUCCAUAGUUUCUAUUGGGAAAGGUACCUAUACAGAUUGUGCCAUCAAGAGAGGGAUUGAAGAGCUACUGGUUGGAGGGUCUCAUCUGAAGGAAAAUAAAUACCUGAUUGUGGUGACAGAUGGACAUCCCUUGGAAGGCUACAAAGAGCCCUGCGGGGGACUGGAAGAUGCUGCCAAUGAAGCAAAGCAUCUGGGGAUCAAAGUGUUCUCCAUCGCCAUAUCUCCAAACCAUCUGGAAUCCAGGCUAAGUGUGAUUGCCACAGACCACACGUAUCGUCGCAAUUUCACAGCAACCGGACUUUCUUCAUCGCCACGUGAUAUCGACAAUACAAUUGACACCAUCAUUGAUAUGAUUAAAAAGAAUGUGGAGCAAGAGUGCUGCUCAUAUGAAUGUCAGCCUGCUCGAGGCCCCCCGGGACCAGUUGGGGAUCCAGGAUAUGAGGGAGAAAGAGGGAAACCUGGCCUGCCAGGAGAAAAAGGUGACACUGGAGAGCCCGGGAAGCAAGGUGACCCCGGACCUGUUGGUUACCAAGGAAUGAAGGGAGAAAAGGGUGGUCGAGGUGACAAGGGCUCAAGAGGUGCAAAAGGUACCAAGGGGGAGAAGGGCAAGCGCGGCAUCGAUGGAAUUGAUGGCAAGAAGGGUGAACAAGGUUUUCAUGGAUUACCAGGGUGCAAAGGAUCCCCAGGAUUUGAUGGCUUACAAGGACCUCUUGGACCAAAAGGGGACCCUGGUUCUUAUGGACCUAAAGGCGUAAAAGGAGAACCUGGGCUUGAGGGAGGACCUGGUAGGCGUGGAAACAACGGAGCCCCUGGAGAAAGGGGUCAGCCUGGAGGUCCUGGCACCCCUGGAGAGAGAGGAGAAUUGGGAGACGAGGGAAAUCCUGGCCCAGAUGGCCUCAUUGGAGAGAGGGGUGGCAAUGGAGAAAGAGGGCCACCAGGUAUCCCUGGUAACCGUGGACAAAGAGGAGACAAGGGUGAUCCAGGGCCACAAGGUGACCAAGGCCGAGAAGGACCUUUUGGACCACCUGGAGAUCCAGGUGAAGCUGGGCCAGCUGGGCCAAAAGGGUACAGAGGAGAUGAGGGGCCUAAUGGAGCAGAGGGCCCUAAAGGACUGCUUGGGCCACCUGGAUUACCUGGUGACACUGGCAUGAUGGGAGAAAGGGGAGAAGAUGGCCCACCAGGAAAUGGUACAGACGGUUUCCCUGGCUUCCCAGGAUAUCCUGGCAUCAGAGGUGCCCCCGGAGUUAAUGGUACUAAAGGCUAUCCUGGUCCAAAAGGUGAUGAAGGAGAGAUUGGAGACCCUGGGCUGGAAAGCAACACCACUGGGAUCAGAGGCAUGAAAGGAGCCAAAGGGUACAGAGGACCGGAGGGCACGCCAGGACCUCCAGGACCCAUAGGCCCUCCAGGACCAGAUGAAUGCGAAAUUUUAGAUAUCAUCAUGAGAAUGUGUUCUUGCUGUGAGUGCAAGUGUGGUCCCGUCGACGUGCUGUUUGUUCUGGACAGCUCAGAGAGCAUUGGCCUGCAGAACUUCCAGAUUGCUAAGGAUUUCAUCGUUAAGGUCAUUGACAGACUGAUCAAAGAUGAACAUGUGACGUUUGCUCAAGGAGAAUCCCACGUUGGUGUUGUGCAGUACAGCCAUGACAAUACCCAGGAACUGGUAGCCAUGGGAGCUAACAACAUUGGUAACAUUGGAGCCUUCAAGGAGGCUGUGAAGAACCUGCACUGGAUCGCUGGCGGCACCUUUACUGGGGAGGCUCUUCAGUUCACCAAGGAGAACUUGCUGCGGCAGUUUCCCUCUGACAAAAGAGUGGCCAUAGUCAUCACCGAUGGACGAUCAGACAUACUUCGAGACCGAACCCCACUCAAUGUUCUCUGUGAAGUCAAUACCCAGGUGGUCCCAGUGGGUAUUGGUGACCUUUACAGUGCUCCUCCAAACCCUGAGCAAUUAAUAUCCAUUUCCUGUGGAGGCUUGUCUAUACAACGGGAAAACUUUGCUGAACUACUCGACGACACUUUCCUACAGAAUGUUACCUCUGAGAUAUGCAAAGAAAAGAAAUGCCCAGAUUACACUUGCCCAAUCUCUUUUGCUGGCCCAGUGGAUCUCACACUCCUUGUGGAUAGUUCUACCAGUGUUGGAAGCCGUAACUUUGAUACCACCAAGAAAUUUGUGAAACGCCUUGCAGAACGAUUCCUGACAGCAGCCAAACCUGCAGAGAACACCGUGCGCAUCUCUGUCAUCCAGUACAGUGGAAAAGCCCAGCAGAAACUGGAAGCACAGUUUGAACAGAAUUACACAGUGAUUGCUGAUACUAUCGAAAAAAUGGAAUUCAUUAAUGAUGCCACAGAUGUGAAUGCAGCCCUGAACUACGUUACCAACCUGUAUCGGCAGUCUUCACGUUCUGGUGCUAAGAAGAGAGUGUUGGUUUUCUCUGAUGGCAACUCUCAAGGCAUCACCAGAAGUGCCAUUGAGAGGGCGGUUCAGGAGGCCCAACAGGCAGGCAUUGAAAUUUAUGUACUAGUGGUUGGCACUCAAGCCAACGAGCCCAAUAUACGUGUUCUUGUCACUGGAAAAACGGCUGAAUAUGACGUGGCCUAUGGAGAGCGCCAUCUUUUCAGAGUGCCUGAUUACCAGUCUCUGCUGAGGGGCGUCUUCUAUCAAACUGUCUCCAGAAAAAUAGCCGUAGACUGAGGAGGUGGAGCAUAGAGAAGCAGGAUAUAUAGAUUCUAUGUUUUCAAAAAUAAAAUGUUAGCAACCAAUGGAACCCAUGUUUUUAUAGAAAACCAUACAUAGCCCACUUGCAUCCUUUCUCUCAAGAAAUGUUAUAUCCAUCCCUGUCCAUCCCUGUUUUCUUUAUUGUGGAUGAAGUCUUCUAACCUGCAGGGGGGAAUGUAGGGUUGAUUUAUUCCUGCCUUAGUCAAUAGUUUUCUGAAAAGACUAUUUUCAAAUCAUAUCUCACAGAUAAACUGGGCUGAUAAGGAAGUUUAAAUGCACUAUCCUCUUUUCUGAGGUUGAUAGCACAUUUAGCGCAGAUAUUAGGAUCUUCUUCAUAGAAUAAAAUAACCCUCUAUCUCACUGCUAAAAUUACUAUUUUCAAAACUUGGCUGUUCUUUUAUUUUGUAACAAGAAAGAUAUUGAAUAGUGAUUAUUGUUCAGACAAGUCAGCUCCAGAAAGAUGAUUUUGUCCUCAAAAAUAUAUGGGCUGCUUCUUGAGAUACCUAUUGCUCUCCAUUGUGGAGGUUAUUAAAGUGGUAACUUCAGGUUUGCAAUCCAGCUCAAAGCCAGUUAUGUUAACAACAAGAUUUAAACCAACAGCAUCUCACCCAAACUAGAAUCUACAUAUGGAGGAAGCGACAAAUGACUUAUUCAACAACAACGUUUGGGCAUCUUGACUUCAGAGGGCCCGAUCCUUUCCACUGUGAUAGUCAACAUGGGUGCUACCUCAACCUGGCAUCCACAGGCUGAGGUUUACAUUGUUGGUUUGUUUACACCAGCCUUCCCCAACCUGGUGCCUUCCAGAUGUUUUGGACUACCAUCAGCCACAGCAAGUAUGGCCAGUGGUUAGAGAUAAUGGGAGUUGUAGUCAAAAUAUCUGGAGGGCAAAAUGUUGGGGAAGCCAGUUUACAAGUCAUUCCCGAAAAGUGUAUUUAAAGUUGGGAAUUGGUUUGGACAGGUUGAAUUCAGUAUUUCCAAUGGUGCUCUUGCUAUGAAUUCAGUAUACUUGUAAAAAAAAAAAAAAAAACAGGAUUUUUUUCAAGAUUGUGGCUUUUAUUGUUUUGUAAUCAAUAUUCAUUUUACCAUUUCAUUUUAUUUUAUUCCUGUGUUUUACUGACAGUUGUUCAUUUCAAGAUUUGUUCAAAUAAACCAUUUUCCACAGUUUCGGCGGGAGGAAAAUUGGUUUUAUGUCAG